CCCCCUUUUUUUCUGGGGUCAUUUUGUGUUACACAGUGAUAUCUGAGGAGAUGAGAGUUGCCUCUGCUGAGUCAGCAGCUUUUCCUCACAGCUGACCCGAUCUGUCACGAUUUCUGACCCGGAAACACACUGUCUCAGUUUAAGUUCACGUCCAAAGCUGAAAAAAUCGGCCCGCUUGCCUCAGAAUCUCUCCUGACCGGACUGUUCUGGCCAUCGUAUUGCUCGUGGAUUUGGCUCAGUCUGUGCUGUAUCCUUACAAAAAAAAACUGCAGCCAUCCUCUCUUUAAUGUCACCAGGCCUGGGGAGCGAGCAGCUCAACCCAGGAGGAGCUUCCGUUUGUCCCGCUUGGUUAAAUAUCAGUCAUGACUUGCGCUCGGGAAGAAGACGACCCGUUCCCGGUGGACGACAGCCUGUUUGCAGAGACCUUUUCCCAGGAGUCGGUGUACCGGCUGAUGGGGCAGGAGCUGAGGAUCUGUCAGCUGUUCGGGGCCAGCCUCGGCGUGGCUGCUCCGGUCUGGGAGGCUGCGUUGCAUCUGUGCCGUUUCCUGGAGGAUCGCUCCGUGGAGCUGCGCGGGCGGCGAGUCAUGGAGCUGGGAGCAGGAACCGGUGUGGUCGGUAUUCUGGCUGCGCGUCUGGGUGCAGAGGUGACCCUUACAGACCUUCCUCUUGCUCUUCCUCAGCUUCGGGCCAAUGUGUCAGCUAACACGCCCCCCGGUGGUUGGCUCUCCACCCCGCCCUCUGUCCUCCCUCUGUCCUGGGGUGAGGACCACAUCAACUUCUCUUCUGACUGGGAUCUAGUGCUUUGUGCAGAUAUCAUUUACCUCCCAGAGACAUACCCAGGGCUGGUGGAAACACUAGCUCAUCUGUGCAGAGAGGGCGCGGUGGUGUAUCUGUCAUCCAAAAUGCGUAAGGAGCACCAGACUGCAGCGUUCUAUGAGCAGUACUUACCGAGCAGAUUUGAUGUGGAGCUUGUGCACCGUGAUGAUAAGCAAAACAACGACAUCUACAGAGCAUCUUUAAGAGCUGAGCAGUGACGGCAGGGACACUCUGCAAAAGGACCGAUGGGACACAAGUGAUGGUCAUAACUUCUGUAGUCCCUUUAUUCAAAAGUAAUGAAGUGGAAGCAGUCGUAUGGAUAAAAAAUAUGUUAUAUACCUGUUCUAUUUAUGUAUUUAUGUUGACAUUUUAGCCGCAACAGAAAAAUCUCUUAUAGCCUGUUUUUUCCCUGACUUUUAUGUUUGUUACAACUGAGCAGUUUUUACAAGUUUCUUGUGAUAAGAAUACAACAAACCUUUUAAAAAACAUAUCUUGUCUUCAACAAGUGUCAAAAAGUGUGAUGUUAAAACUCAUUCAAGGAGGAAGAACUCUGAAAAAUAAUCGAACAGAUGCAACUCUUUAAGUGCACAACUUCUAAUUGAGGCACUAUCCAGCAUAAUUCUUCAGAGGAGUUGGGCUGGCUUAUAAUAUUUGUAUUUCUGGCAUUCUCUUUUUUGUUUUGAAAAUAAAACGUCUGUAAGACAUCAUAAAGAUGUGGUCAGGUUUUUCCAUACAAACCCUAAUAGCACCCUUAAUGCAACAAAUGGUUAAAAGCUCUUUGAUGAAUACAUUCAA